AUGAUUUCAACGAGGCCGAAGGCGACGAAGAGAUGAAGAUGAAAACAAGACAAUCUGGGAGUUUUGGACGUUGGGAGUUGAGCAUAUGUGGAGCUAGAUGUGUAGGGACAGCAGGAUGCCAGGUAUAUGCUUGAUCUCCAGCUCAGAUAGAACGUAUUUCCUCGCUAAGGCGGUUGCUUCGGCAAGCCGCUAGUUAAUACCCCAGAUUGCGGCGACAACAUCACCACAAACUACUUCCACCACCAUGGCGGUCCUUUCUCACCCGACAGGACACGGACUAGAACGGUCAAUCAAAGAUCUUGUAUCUCUUCUCACCAAGAAAUACGUCAAGCACCGCACCGGCAUAUCUCGCGCAGUUUACCUAACGCUUUUUCUCGCCCUCGCCAAACGAAUACACAAUGCUAUUGCCGAGCAAAGGUCUGCCUCUGAGAUUCAGGCUGGAAACAGAGCUGGCACUCGAAAGUUGAAUGGGGAAGAUAGCACAGGCGCAGGAGGUGAUGGCGGUGGUCCACCUCGGAAAAGGGUUGGUCUGAAUCGAGAGUUUCUGCGGAAUUUACUGCGGCUGUUGAAGAUUGUGAUACCAGGCUGGAAGAGCAAAGAGCUCCGACUACUGAUAAGCCAUUCAGUAUUUCUUGUUUUGAGGACGUUGUUGAGUUUAUAUGUUGCGGAGCUGGAUGGAAAACUCGUCAGCAGCUUGGUUAGAGGCAAAGGCAGGGAGUUCCUCCUUUCUCUGGCCUGGUGGAUGACUGUAGCGGUACCGGCCACCUUUACCAAUUCAAUGGUAAGUAUCUUGCUUUUAAAGUGGACUUCUAUUUGCAUUUAUAGACUUGAGCUUGGUUGUUCCCUUGCUAACCUGCUUGGGAUGGUAGCUUUCGUACCACCAAUGCCAGCUGGCCCUUCAGUACCGGAAACGCCUGACUGAGUACAUUCAUAACCAGUACUUGUCAAAUAUGAACUUUUAUGCGUUAUCUGCGCUGGAUGACCGGAUCAAGAACCCAGACCAGCUUAUCACCGUGGACAUAUCGCGAUUUUCCAACAGCUUGGCGGAGUUAUACUCUAACCUUGCCAAACCGAUUCUCGAUAUGGCUAUUUACAAUUACUCUCUCUCCAAAAACGUGGGUGGCGAGGGCCUUUUCAUCAUGGCACUUUUGGUGCAGCUCUCCGCUAAUGCUAUGAGAGCCCUUACCCCACCUUUUGGUAAAUACGUGGCCGAGGAAGCGAAGCUAGAGGGAGAGUUCCGUUUCCAGCAUACGAGGUUAAUUGAUUAUAGCGAAGAGGUUGCUCUUUAUCACGGCCAUGAAUCAGAGAGAGAUACUCUAGACAAGGGGUAUUUCACUCUUAUUAAACAUGUCAACCGGAUCUUGCGAAGGAGACUCUACCAUGGCUUCAUGGAAGACUUUGUUAUCAAAUACUUCUGGGGUGCUUUGGGUUUGAUAUUAUGCAGUGUGCCUGUCUUCUUUAAAAUCCCUAGCCAAAUAACCUCAACCAUGGGAGAUCGGACUGAGAGCUUCGUGACCAACCGGAGGAUACUGCUGUCCUCCUCCGAUGCCUUUGGAAGAGUGAUGUUCUCAUACAAGGAGAUUUCCCAGCUUGCCGGACAUACUUCUCGUGUGGCUUCUCUCUUGGAGGUAAUGGAUGACAUAACUGCCGGUCGUUUCCAGAAGAAGCUUGUCUCUUCCGUAUCAACGGAUGCUAAUGCCGCUGUUCUUGGAAAUCGCGGAACCAUCGUUGAAAGUGACUCGAUCGAAUUCACAGAUGUGCCCAUCAUCUCACCCAAUGGAGAUGUUUUGGUUGAAAAGCUUACCUUCACUGUCCAUCCUGGAGAGCAUCUGCUUAUCGUUGGACCUAACGGUUGUGGAAAGUCAUCUCUUUUCCGUAUUCUUGGUGGAUUAUGGCCUGUAUACGGUGGUACAGUUAAGAAGCCGUCCUUUGAAGAUAUCUUCUAUAUACCACAGCGCCCAUAUUUGUCACGCGGAACCCUUCGGCAGCAGGUCAUUUAUCCUGAUGGCCUCAAAGAAAUGCAUGAAAAGGGGGUCACCGACUCAGACCUUUUCGACAUCUUAUCCAUCGUGGAGAUUUCGUCCAUCGUCGACAGACCCGGUGGUUGGGAUGCCGAAGAAGAGUGGCGAGAUGUACUCUCCGGCGGACUACAGCAACGAAUUGCUAUGGCUCGAUUGUUCUAUCAUAAGCCAAAAUACGCUAUUUUAGAUGAAUGUACUUCCUCGGUCACACUGGAGAUCGAAAAGGUCAUGUACGAGACUGCUAAGGAACUUGGUGUCACCUUGAUGACAGUUUCCCACCGGAGGAGUCUGUGGAAAUACCACAAGAAGAUCCUCCAGUUUGACGGCCAGGGAAACUGUAUCUUUACCGGUUUGGACUGGGAACGCCGACUGAAGCUUGAAGAUGAGAAGGAAGAUAUUGAUCUACAACUUCGAGCUGUUCCUGAGUUAGAACGACGCGUUAAAGAGCUCACCACGGAAUAG